AUGCCAUCCUCCACCACCGCCGCGCCCAACUACGGCUCGCAGAAGCCCAUCUUCCUCGCCACGCACCCGCGCGCCUGCUCCACGGCGUUUGAGCGGGUGAUGAUGACGCGGUCGGACGACGCCCUGGUGUGCAUCCACGAGCCGUUUGGCGACGCCUUCUACUACGGGCCCGAGCGGCUGGGGCGCCGCUUCGACGGCGAGGAGAUGCGCGGCGUGAGGGAGCGGAGUGGGUUUGCGGAGGUGACGUUUGCGGAUGUGGUGGCGGGCAUUGAGGAGGCGAGGAUGGCGGCCGAAUUGGAAAACAAGCGCAUCUUCAUCAAAGACAUAACACACUACCUCCUCCCACCCACGCCCACCCCGCCCACCCCGCACUCCCCCCUCGCCCCCUCCCUCUCCUUCCCCCGCAAAGGCUACGGCACCCACGCCCCCGAAGACAGCACCAACCCCACGGUGCUCCCACUGCACAUCCUGCGCCGCUACCAGUUCACAUUCCUGAUCCGGCACCCGCGGCGCGCCAUCCCGUCCUACUACCGGUGCUGCAUCCCGCCGCUGUCGGCCGCCACGGGCUUCGACCACUUCCGCGCCGACGAGGCGGGCUACCGCGAGCUGCGCGUGUUUGUCGAGUUCCUGCUGGCGCAGGGCGUGGUGCGCAGGGAGGAGCUGUGUGUGGUGGAUGCGGACGACCUGCUGGACGCGCCGGAGAAGGUGAUGAGGAGGUAUUGCGAGGCCGUGGGGUUCGACUUUAGGGUGGGGAUGUUGGGGUGGGGGGAGGGCGGCGAGGGGUGCGAGAAGUUUGAUAAGUGGAAGGGGUUUCAUGAGGAUGCGAUUGGGAGUGUGGGGUUGAGGCCGAGGGUUAAGAAGCAGGAGAAGUCGGAGGAGGAGGAGUAUCAGGGGUGGGUGCAGAAGUAUGGGAAGGAGGGGGCGGACCUGAUCAGGGAGACGGCGGAGAAGAACUUGGAGGACUAUGAGUUCUUGAAGCAGUUCAAGAUGGUAAUUUAG